UCGCUUCAUCUUUCCUGGGGCAUUGCUCGGCGGGCAGAAACACAGGGGAAGGGGGGUGGAAAUUAAUUCUUUUGUAAAAUGUUUUUGGUUUAAACAGAGUAUGUGUGCAGCGAGCGGGGGGGCACGGUGCUGGCGGCGGGGAGCGGGCGGCUCCCCGGAGGAGAUGCGGGGCUGCCCGGGGAGGCCGGGCCAGGCCGGGCGGAGGAGGGAGGCGGCCCCGGGCCUGGGGCAGCGGCGGCCGCUCGGCCCUCGGCGGGGACCGGGAGCUGGUGGAUGAAAAGGCGAAGGGCCAAACCCGAGAAGCGGGGCCGCGGUGCCCGCUGCCUCCCCUGCCCGCCGUGCCCCGCCGCCGCGGCCGGGCCGUCUCCCGUGGGCGGGCGCGGAGUCCGCUCGCUCCUCCGCAGGCAGGCGCGGUCCUUCACCGCGGUUUCGUUGGGUACAUGAUUUUUUUUUUUUUUCCGGCCUGAUCCUUAGGCCUUCAGUUAUUCCCUGGCCCUGAGGUGGACUUUUAAAAUAAGAAAUAACCGGGAAGAAAUUUCUCCCCUCUCUCGGCUCCUGCCUGCCACUCCCCCCCUCCCCUCUCCAUGCAGGGACUCAGCAAAGUAAUUUUGCAAAGGGAACCAGGCUGGAAAGCGCAGGGAGAGAAAGCUUCCAGGCGUCUGGGGCCGGAGCUUCAUGGCUCGGUGAGGGUGAAAUGGAUGGCGAGAAUGGCAUCCAGGUCGGAGAGGGACUGGGGCUGUUUCCCACCUCCCUUAUCUUAUUGUUAUUAUUUUUUUAAAGCUGUGGGAAAGCUCUUCCCACAGACGCCGCCCGUGUAUAACGCGCAUUGCUCCGCACCCCGGCCUCCCUGCUCUAAAUUGCACCGCGCUGACAAAGAGAAAGUCGGGAAAGUCCUUGUGCACUGGCACAAGUUUCUUUAGACCUAAAAAUCUCCUUCGCUGCAGAGAUUUAUUCAGCUUUCGGCUGCUCCGAGAAGUUGAGCUUUAUUAUUUAUUUCUUUUGAAAAAAUGCAACUCCAGGUUAACAAAAAAAAAAAUAAAUGGAGAAAGGGGAAAAAAAGCAGUUAAACCAUGGGACCGGCUGGCGCUGAGGAGGUGAGGAGGCAGCGAUGGGUCAGGCUGCUUCGCGGCCGAGGUCGCUGCCCGCCGGCCCGGCCCCGCUGCUCCCGGCCGCCCCUGUCGUUUGCCCGCGCCAGGGGCCGGCGGCCUUGCAGCUGCGCGCAGGUUUGGAGGGCGAAGCGCGGGGGGCUGCGCAGCGACAGAGCCAGUGGUGGGUCCAUCCCCGGUGCGAAAAUUCCCGUGUUGGGGAAUAUCAACCCAAACCCUCCCUCCGGGAGGGAGAAUACAAUAAAAAAAUAACCUAAGAAAUGCGGUGGAGCCCGGUGCGGGCAGGGAACCGAGCUCUCGUUUGCAAAAGAAAACAAAACAAAUUCCCUUUUCUAUCUCGGCACCUUCCCCCCCUGCCUCCUCGGGAGCCUUUCCGCGCUGCUCCGCGGCCCGGCGAAGCCCCCCCAGCCGCCCGCGUCCCCCCGCAGCGCGGCCAAGGGCAGACCGCAGCCUGCGCGCACGGCCGCGGAUCGCUGCCUUGCAUUAAUCAGCCGGGGCCAUCAGCGGAGCUGGGGCCGGUGGCCCGUAAUUAGGGAGCGUGUGCCGCCCGGAUUAUCUCGUUAGUUUAUCAAGAAAACAUUUAUUAUAAUUAAUUCUCGGACGGGGUAAUUAUUAUUGAGCGAGGGCAGAGCAACUGGUAGCCGGGAUCUUUGCGGAGCGGGGGGGAGGAGGGGAAAAGGUGACAGAUUGCGGAGCGGAGCCGUUGCUCCGCGGGCUGCGGGGCGGCCCCGGGCUGCGCGGCCGCGGCCAAGCAGCUCCGCGGGCGGCCGCGCCGGGCUGGUGCCUCGGCGUGAUGCCGCCGAGUUUAACGGAACGGAGGCACCUGGCGGCCCCCCCCGCCCGACGGCACCCCCCGGCAGCUCCCGGGGCAGGCAGGGCGCUCGGCCGGCUCCCCCUCGCCCGGAUUUCGGCCAACUCUCCUCCCCGCCACAACUUUAGCAUGAUGUCUUAUCUUAAGCAACCACCUUAUGCAGUCAAUGGCCUGAGUCUCACAACCUCGGGCAUGGAUUUAUUGCAUCCGUCCGUCGGUUAUCCCGCCACCCCGCGAAAGCAGCGGCGGGAGCGCACGACCUUCACCCGGGCGCAGCUGGACGUGCUGGAGGCCCUUUUCGCCAAGACCCGCUACCCCGACAUCUUCAUGCGGGAGGAGGUGGCGCUGAAAAUCAACCUGCCCGAGUCCAGAGUGCAGGUAUGGUUUAAAAACCGCCGAGCCAAGUGCCGGCAGCAGCAGCAGCAGCAGCAGAAUGGGGGCCAGAACAAGGUACGGCCAGCUAAAAAGAAGAAUUCGCCGGCCCGGGAAGUGAGUUCGGAGAGCGGGACCAGCGGGCAGUUCACUCCCCCAUCCAGCACCUCGGUCCCCACCAUUUCCAGCAGCAGUGCGCCUGUGUCCAUCUGGAGCCCAGCAUCCAUCUCCCCGCUCUCAGACCCCCUGUCCACCUCUUCCUCCUGCAUGCAGAGAUCCUAUCCUAUGACCUACACCCAAGCAUCGGGCUACAGCCAAGGAUAUGCUGGCUCAACCUCCUAUUUCGGAGGGAUGGACUGUGGAUCUUACUUGACCCCUAUGCACCACCAGCUUCCUGGACCAGGGGCCACCCUGAGUCCCAUGGGUGCCAACGCGGUCACCAGCCACCUCAAUCAGUCUCCAGCCUCCCUCUCCACCCAGGGCUAUGGAGCCUCCAGUUUGGGCUUUAACUCCACCACCGAUUGCUUGGAUUAUAAAGACCAAACUGCCGUCCUGGAAGUUAAACUUCAAUGCUGACUGCUUGGAUUAUAAGGACCAGACGUCGUCAUGGAAGUUCCAGGUUUUGUGAAGAACCUUUGUGAUAACGAGAGAAAUUGCGAUGAGAACGAACAAGCUGGGCUGAACGCUCCAGUUUUUAGUCAGGUCUUGGUUAAAUUAAAGAGAAAAAUAACUCAACAAACAAAUGAACAAAAAAACCAACAGCAACAAGAGGGGGGACAGUGUUGGUAUGAUCCUGUUCAGAUUCAUCUCCUGCUCAGACACUCUGGAAAAGGAAUAAUAAAGAGGAAAAACGGAGAAGGAAGGCCUUAAACGGACAGAUCAUCUAGUGAGCAGAAAACAGACAGACCCAUCUGUGUUCUUUCUAGUUUUAGGCAAUUGUUGGGUUUUCUUUGUUUGGAAGAGGUAGGAGAUCGUCCUACCUAUGGGCCAGUUUUAAAAAAAAAAAAAAAAAAAAAGUAAAAAAAAAAAGUCUAGAUUUUUAUUUCUUUUUUUGUGUGUGCGUGGAAAGAUCCUUCACCCAGAGGUUUCCAAUGUGUUAGCCAACCCUCGGUUAAAAUAUUCGGAAUGGACAACAUCUCUCUUUUUCUCCCUCCUUUUCUCCCUCCCUCUUUCUUUCUCUCUCGCUCUCGAGCUCAUCCAACUGUUUCAUGCCCAACUUGCUCAAGUUGGCACCCGGAGAACUUGGUUCAGGGCUGUGGUGGGUUGUGUGACUGAUUGUCCUAGCUGCACUACUUUAUUUAAAGAUUAAAAAAAAAAAAGAUAAUGUUCAUAAGGAGUCAAUAUGUAGUUUUUAAGAGACAAUCAGUGUGUGUCUUAUAUAAAUGGUACAUCUGUGGUUUUUAAUCUGUGCUAGACUUCAAAACUGUGAUCUCCUGUAUUGUAUGCAACUAUGAACUCUGCACCAGCGGGAGUUCUGCUGUGAUUUAAAUAGGUUAUAAUUAUAAGUGAAAUUCAGAGCAACUGAGUUACCUAUUAUCAUCUUUUUAAAAAUA